CGCAUCUCUUAACAAAAAUAGAAAAAGGAAGGAGACAAGAGUUUCAGGCCAUCACCAAGAACUAAAACAUCGAACAAAAAAAGAAAGAGGUGAAAUUUGAAUUUCACUGUAUAAAAAAAAGGAAUAAUUAGGGUGUACUAAAGAAAAAGAUGAAAAUUAUGUUUGUUUGCUUACUUUGUUUCAACAAAAUGGAAAGCACAUGAAAGGCUUUCGAGUAAGACAUCAUUUCUUUUGCAGGUUAGCCUUAGCCUAGCAAAUUCAUGGCCACACUCUCUUCCCUUCUCUUAUCUUUCCCCCUCUGCUAAAAAAAACAAACUCAAUAAACUAAACCCUUUGUUUCAUUUAUUUAGGCUCGCUUCUUUUUAUUGUCUAUGGUGGAUCUGAUACUGAAUUAGCCCCAGCUUUGUAGAUCUUCUCUGAGUGGGCGGUGAAAACGGAAAUGGAAAUGGAUUUUGAGGAACACGAAGAAAAAGAGGAAGAAAUGGGUGUGGCCGUUCCACUUCACCCAGGCUACGACUCACUCGGCAACUCAUCAGCUGCUCAGUCAAAGAUAGGAACCCUUAGCGGCGGCGAAGGCGGUCCGAGAAAACUGGAGUCCGGUAUAAGGUACCGGGAGUGUCUCAAGAACCAUGCGGUGAGUAUCGGAGGACACGCGGUGGAUGGCUGCGGCGAGUUCAUUGCGGCGGGUGAUGAAGGGACCCUUGAUGCCUUGAAAUGCGCUGCUUGUAACUGUCACAGGAACUUUCACCGGAAAGAAACUGAAGCCGAAAGCAGUAAUAUUUAUAACCCUCAUCACCACCACCAUCAACACCUCCAAUUUUCACCCUACUAUAGGGCGCCGCCACCGGCCGGGUAUCUCCAACUGACCCCAACGCCGCAGCAAAGACCUUUGGCCUUGCCGGCGGCGUCGGGAGGUGGUAUUGCCGGUGCCUACAGCAGAGAAGAUGAAGAUGUUUCGAAUCCUAGUAGUAGUGGUGGUGGAGGUGGAGGGAGUGGAGGAUUAAAGAAGAGAUUUAGAACAAGAUUUACGCCGGAACAAAAGGAUAAGAUGCUUGGUUUCGCUGAAAGGCUCGGGUGGAGUAUUCAAAAGCAUGAUGAAGCUGCUGUGGAACAAUUUUGUGAAGAAACCGGGGUGAAAAGGCAAGUUCUUAAGGUCUGGAUGCAUAACAACAAGUACACUCUUGGUAAGAAACCCUAAUCUCCAACAAAAAGGAAACGCUUCAAGAAUGUGACCCGAGUAUAACAUAAACAUCAAAGAAGCGUAUGGUAAUGGGAAAUUCUCUAGGGAUUUAACUAGGGUUCUUACCUUCCUUUAUUUUUUGUUUUUGAACCUGAUUUUGAUUCUGUUAUUAUUAAGAGUGGUGAUCAGUAUAGAAUGGUGAUGAGGAUCUUAA